AUGUAGUCAAUUUCAUCAGAGGUACUAAAAGCAGGAGUAACUAAAUCAAAUGUUCGUUCAAACGUCACUGCUAAGAGGUAGUUAUGAAUAUUUAUAAAUAGACCAAAUCAAUUAGGUGGAGGUAGAACUUAAUUAGGUCCACCUUAAACAGGGAAAGAUACUCAAUAAUCAUCAUAGGAUAAUGUUAUAGUGAAGUAUAAAGAUAGUGUAGUAACACCAAAAGAGUAAGUUUAUGAUAUAAAAAUUAGAUUGAUUACAAAGAGAUUCUUGUAAUUGGCUGAAUAAUUGAAUAGAGAGGAGGAAUAGAAAUUAAAAUAAUUAUAGAAACCGGCAGAUACAAAAGUUAGUGCAAGUGUUAUGGAUAGUAAUAUGAAAUCAUUCCAUCAGAGUGCAGUACUAUUAAUAACGUAUAAUAGGAUAAAUCAUCGAAUUCUGAUUUGAAAGUUUCAUCAUCUAAUAAUCCAGAGAGAAGUAGUUUUAUGGAAUCUAAGUAAUCAGACACAUAUUCUGAUUCAGAUUCUAAAAGAGAUCAAUCGGAAUAAUAAGAGAAGAAACCAAAAUAGAAGAAAGGUUUGAAAGAAGAGGAUUUAGAAGAGAAUAUACCAAUUAAUUUAAGUGAGACUCCUACAUAAUGUUUAAUGUUUAUGUAAACUAAUAUAUAUAUUAUAUUUAGACCAUCAUCAUUUGUAAAUAGUGAACAUGGUAAAAAAACUGGAUAGAUUUAAAGAACUCAAAAAUAUGAAUAAUUUAUAGUAGAAAAAAUUGGAAGUGAUAAUUUUACAAAGAGAUUUGCUUAAACAUUUAAUUAUAUAUAGAAACAUAAACCUUAAUAAUGUACUAAAAUAGAAAAGAAUGAUACAGGAGCAUUUACAGCUGUUUGGGAUUUAUAUGAUGCUUCAAUAACUGAUCAAUUAAAUGAAUUUGAAAUAUUAUAAGAAGAGAUUAAAUAAAGUAUAGAAAAUGAGUAUAAAUAAUUGAAUAAGAAUCCUUAUUUCUUAUUACCUACAGAAUUAGAAGCAAUUAAAAUACAUGCUGAAAGACCUGUUUUAGGUAAAGAAACUUCUGAAAAAUCAUAAAGUAAAACUAGAAGUGGUAUUGCUACUAAUACUAAAUAAUAACCUAUCAAUAAUUUAAGUGGGGGAUUAACUGGAUAAGGUGGAGAUGAAAGAAUAUAAGAUAGUUCUUCUAGUCAUACUGGUACUAAAGGUGUUACUAAUAUGGGAUCUUAAUAAGCUAAUAUUUAAUAAUAAGUGACAAAAAGUCAUGGUAAAACUAGUAAUCCAUUACCUGAAUAAUAAUAAAAAUAAUAUGAAUAAAAAUAGGAUGAAUAAGAUAUAAAAGAAGAAGAAUAUAUGAAAUAAUAUGUUUAAAGAACCAAUUCUUAAAUUAGUGAAUAAGAAUAAAUCAUUUAUUAAAGUCAAUAAGUAUAAACUAGUUUAAAAUAUGUGGAAAGAAUUCUUAAUUAGAAUUUAUAUCAUAAAUAAUAUAUUCAAUAUAGAAAUUAUCCAGAAGUUAAAUUUGAGAAGAUGACAUUAAAUGAAGAUCCUAAAUAAAGAGGAGGNGAGAGGAAGAAUAGAAAUUGAAAUAAUUAUAGAAACCGGCAGAUACAAAAGUUAGUGCAAGUGUUAUGGAUAGUAAUAUGAAAUCAUUCCAUCAGAGUGCAGUACUAUUAAUAACGUAUAAUAGGAUAAAUCAUCGAAUUCUGAUUUGAAAGUUUCAUCAUCUAAUAAUCCAGAGAGAAGUAGUUUUAUGGAAUCUAAGUAAUCAGACACAUAUUCUGAUUCAGAUUCUAAAAGAGAUCAAUCGGAAUAAUAAGAGAAGAAACCAAAAUAGAAGAAAGGUUUGAAAGAAGAGGAUUUAGAAGAGAAUAUACCAAUUAAUUUAAGUGAGACUCCUACAUAAUGUUUAAUGUUUAUGUAAACUAAUAUAUAUAUUACAUUUAGACCAUCAUCAUUUGUAAAUAGUGAACAUGGUAAAAAAACUGGAUAGAUUUAGAGAACUCAAAAAUAUGAAUAAUUUAUAGUAGAGAAAAUUGGAAGUGAUAAUUUUACAAAGAGAUUUGCUUAAACAUUCAAUUAUAUAUAGAAACAUAAACCUUAAUAAUGUACUAAAAUAGAAAAGAAUGAUACAGGAGCAUUUACAGCUGUUUGGGAUUUAUAUGAUGCUUCAAUAACUGAUCAAUUAAAUGAAUUUGAAAUAUUAUAAGAAGAGAUUAAAUAAAGUAUAGAAAAUGAGUAUAAAUAAUUGAAUAAGAAUCCUUAUUUCUUAUUACCUACAGAAUUAGAAGCAAUUAAAAUACAUGCUGAAAGACCUGUUUUAGGUAAAGAAACUUCUGAAAAAUCAUAAAGUAAAACUAGAAGUGGUAUUGCUACUAAUACUAAAUAAUAACCUAUCAAUAAUUUAAGUGGGGGAUUAACUGGAUAAGGUGGAGAUGAAAGAAUAUAAGAUAGUUCUUCUAGUCAUACUGGUACUAAAGGUGUUACUAAUAUGGGAUCUUAAUAAGCUAAUAUUUAAUAAUAAGUGACAAAAAGUCAUGGUAAAACUAGUAAUCCAUUACCUGAAUAAUAAUAAAAAUAAUAUGAAUAAAAAUAGGAUGAAUAAGAUAUAAAAGAAGAAGAAUAUAUGAAAUAAUAUGUUUAAAGAACCAAUUCUUAAAUUAGUGAAUAAGAAUAAAUCAUUUAUUAAAGUCAAUAAGUAUAAACUAGUUUAAAAUAUGUGGAAAGAAUUCUUAAUUAGAAUUUAUAUCAUAAAUAAUAUAUUCAAUAUAGAAAUUAUCCAGAAGUUAAAUUUGAGAAGAUGACAUUAAAUGAAGAUCCUAAAUAAAGAGGAGUAGCAUUUAAAAGGAAUUUUCAAAAUAAAUUAGAAGAUGAAGAAGUUGUUGAAAAGAAAUAAUAAGAUCCUAUUACAUAAUUAUUUUCAUACAAAUGUUAAUUAAGUGAAUAAUGUAAAGUAACUAGUGCUGAUUGGAAUCCAGUUAAUAAAGAUUUAUUAGCUGUUUCAUAUAGUAAUAGAGAAACAUCUGAUGGACAUAUAAUGUUUUGGACUUUAAAAAAUCCAACUUUCCCUGAACGUAUUAUUACUUAUCCAUCCAAAAUUAAUUGUUGUAAAUUCUCUGAAAGUUAACCAAAUUUAAUUGCUGCAGGAACUGUUGAUGGUAUAGUAGCUGUAUGGGAUAUUAGAAGAAAGUCUAAUAAACCUAUUACUGAAAAUAAAGAGAUGGCAGGUAAACAUAGUGAUUCUGUUUGGGAAGUAUAAUGGGUAGGAAAAGGAGCUAAAGGAACAGAUAAAGGAGAAUCACUUGUUAGUAUUAGUAGUGAUAGUCGUAUUGUUGAAUGGUCAAUGAAAAAAGGAUUGGAAUAUACUAAUUUAAUGAAUCUUAAAAGAGUUGUUUAAUCAUCUUAAAAAGAGAAUUUAUAAGAAGGUGUUAAUUUUAGAAUGUCAGCAGGAUUUUCUUUUGAUUUUUUAUAAAGAGAAUCUGCUAUGUAUUUAGCUGCUACUGAAGAUGGUACUGUUCAUAGAUGCUCAAAAUCAUAUACAGAAUAAUAUUUAGAUAAUUAUUUUGGACAUUCUGGUCCAGUUUAUAAGGUUAGAUGUAAUCCUUUUUUUGGUGAUAUCUUUUUAACUUGUAGUGCUGAUUGGUCAUGUAAAUUAUGGAAUUGGACAGAAGAAUUACCUAAAGCAAAUUUCUAAGUAUUUAUAAUUUGAUGUAUAAAAGCAAUAAAAUUUAUAAGAUGAAGUAUUAGAUUUUGAAUGGUCUCCUCAUACUUCUGUAUUAUUUGCAUCAGUUUGUAAAGAUGGUAGAUUAGAAUUAUGGGAUUUAACUAAAAAUAAUAUGUUAGAUCCAUAUUUUACUAUUAUGCCAUAAGAUUAAUAAAUAUGGCCAGCUAAAACUAUGGUUAGAUUUGCUUAAAAUAGUCCAGUACUUAUUACUGGUGAUGCUAAAGGUGAUAUUAAUGCAUAUAGAUUAUAUGGUAAAUUUGUAUAUUGAAUAUGAAAGGUUAUGAAGAUAAUGAUCCAUUAUAAGAAGAAGAGAAAUUAAGGAAACUCUUAUAUCCUACAGGAUAUUCUAAGGGAUAAAAGGAAUAAAAGGAUUGA